AUAAUGGUAGAUAUAUAGAACAUGAACUCACUUUCUAAAGUUUUUGCGCAGUUUAAUGUUUCUUUAUUUAUGCUCUGACGUGAUACCUUCUUGAAUUUAUAUAUAUGUACGGAAUUCUUAAUUCUGAUAACUGAAUAGAAUAUUUAUUUUAAUGUAUAUCAGAAAGGAGGAUUCUUUAUUAUAAUAAAAUAGGAUUUGCAUAAUUGGAUUUUUAUUAGAAAUGGCGGGAACAAAAGUUGAUGUGCUUAAGGAAGAUGGCACUACGGAACAGAAACAUGCGUUUAAUUUCAACACAUACGCCACAAAGAAAACAAUCGCAAAAGGUUUACUGGACAUAGGUCUACUAAUGGCCAACGCUUCUCAGCUGAAAUCUUUGCUGAGUCUAGGUUCGGCACAAGACUACUACUACGCCAACUUGGUCCUUAUAUCUAUUUCCAUCGCCCUUCAGCUAACAGUCGGUGUGAUUCUUCUUGUUCUGGGGAGUAUGGAGGGGAAAACAACAGAACAGAGGAAAAGCGCUAAUACAUUGAACAACGUUACUGUGGGAUUCGUUUUUGCAAUCACAGUUGUGAAUAUUUUCAUAGCAGCUUUUGGCAUAAAAUUGACAGAGCAAUGAAUGUAAAAUCUUUCAACAACUCCGUACAAAGUUUACGUCACUGUUUAAACAUUCCAUGCCUCAAAUUAACUUAAAAUUAAUCGAAUAUCACAACAAAUGUUCUCUAUAAUUGGUAUCCAAAUGGAACAACAAAUAAAGAUUUUUAUUUGCUGAUGAACUCACAAAGUGAAGAAACCAUUUAUAAAUGAUCUGUUUGUGUAUCACUUGUUGAAAAGUAAGAACUCUGUACUUCAAAAUUCUAUUCUAGUAUUACGUUGUGCAACUGCAUUGAUUCAAUAAAUGUAUAUCAUAUAUACAUGUAUAUUGAUGUGUAUAUUUGACCGGACACCUUUAUUUUAAAUAAAUAUGAGUCGAGUCGACUUGAAUCGUGGAUUUGUAUAUACAUGUAUUUCUAAUGUAUUGAAAUAUGCUUUCUCAAGACGGAGCUAUCAUGUUGCAGUAUGCCUGGGAUAUUCCAUAGUGUAACUGUAAUUUUUGCACUGUAGAUGUACAUAAAUGUCAAUACUUGAAUGUAAAUACUUAAAUGUCAGUACUUGAAUGUCAAUGCUUGAAUGUUAAAACUUAGAUGUCAAAACUUGGAUGACAUUUUUUUUGUCUAUACUUGAAUGUCAAUUUUUGUACUUAUAGAUGUCAGAACUUGAAUGUUAAAACUUAAAUGUCAAUACUUGGAUGUCAUUUUUGAAUGUUAAUAUUUAAAUGUCGUUACUUAAAAUUAUCAUAACUUAAAUGUCUAUUCUUGAUGCUUGAUGUUAAUACUUAAAAUGUCAUUACUUGAAUCCUACUGUUAAUACUUAUUUGCCAAUACUUGAAUGGCAUUUCUGGAAUGCUAAUUAGUGCUUGAAUUGCACAUUGUUCAAAGUAUGCUUUCUAAAGUGUGAUUGUCAUACAGAAGUAGGAUCAUGUACGCAUUUACUAUUAAAACAGAAGUACAUGUGACACAAGAUGGGAAAAUGCUUUUUAUUUUAUAUCAACAUUAUUAUAAUUAUUGCUCAGCGUUGUUUGUUUUCUUGACGAAUAGCCUUUUUAAUUGUAAUUGGCAGCAGAAACACACAGCUGAUAAAAUCACAUUUGCAUAUCAAAAUUUAUUGUUAACCUAUGCAGUUUGUCAUACUAUUCAUAUAAUCAAAUAAACUUAUUUUAGA